GCGGCGGCGGCGCAACGCGGGCGCGGCGUCGCGGGAGCAUCCGCGGCUGGGCGGCGCAGCGCCGAGAUGAGCGAGCUCCGGCAGAGGCCGGGCCGGGAGGCGGACGGACAGCAGGACUCCGAGGGCAAGGAAUCUGAACUGGAAAGCAAGCUGGAUGGAGAAACCGCAUCUGACAGCGAGUGCAAGUCGGAGGUGGCCCAGGCAGCCCCGGCCGACGACACUCCAGAGGUGCUCAACCGGGCGCUCUCCAACCUGUCCUCCAGGUGGAAAAACUGGUGGGUGAGAGGCAUCCUGACCCUGGCAAUGAUCUUCUUCUUCUUCAUCAUCAUCUACUUGGGACCCAUGGUGCUCAUGAUGAUUGUGAUGUGUGUCCAGAUCAAGUGCUUCCAGGAGAUCAUCACCAUCGGCUACAACGUUUAUCACUCCUACGACCUCCCCUGGUUCAGAACGCUCAGCUGGUAUUUCCUGCUCUGUGUGAACUACUUCUUCUACGGCGAGACAGUGACCGACUAUUUCUUCACUCUGGUCCAGAGGGAGGAGCCUCUGAGAAUUCUCAGCAAAUACCACCGCUUCAUUUCCUUUGCACUCUACCUAACAGGCUUUUGCAUGUUUGUUUUGAGUCUGGUGAAAAAGCAUUAUCGGCUCCAGUUCUACAUGUUCGGCUGGACCCAUGUGACUUUGCUGAUCGUUGUCACCCAGUCGCACCUCAUCAUUCACAACCUCUUUGAAGGAAUGAUCUGGUUUAUCGUCCCAAUCUCCUGCGUCAUCUGCAACGACAUCAUGGCCUACAUGUUUGGGUUCUUCUUCGGACGCACCCCGCUCAUUAAGCUUUCUCCAAAGAAGACCUGGGAGGGCUUCAUCGGAGGAUUCUUCGCCACCGUCCUUUUCGGCCUGGUGCUCUCCUACGCGAUGUCCGGCUGCACGUACUUCGUGUGCCCCGUGGAGUUCAACAACGACACCAACCGCUUCACCGUGGACUGCGAGCCCAGCGAACUGUUCCAGCUGCAGGAGUACAGCGUCCCUCCCGUGCUGCAGUCGGUCCUCAGCUGGAAGACCAUCCGGAUGUACCCCUUCCAGAUCCACAGCACUGCGCUUUCCACUUUCGCAUCCCUUAUCGGGCCCUUUGGAGGAUUCUUUGCCAGUGGAUUCAAAAGGGCCUUCAAAAUCAAGGACUUCGCCAGCACCAUCCCGGGGCACGGGGGCAUCAUGGACCGCUUCGACUGCCAGUACCUGAUGGCCACCUUUGUGAACGUCUACAUCGCCAGCUUCAUCAGGGGUCCCAACCCGAGCAAGCUGAUCCAGCAGCUGCUCACUCUGCGGCCAGAUCAGCAGCUGAGCAUCUUCAACACGCUCAAGGCGCACCUGCUCGACAAGGGUGUACUGCUGGGGCCAGAGGACGCCUAGGCACAGAGCCGUCCAGGUGCGGCAGGGCGCGUCCACCCCACCAGCCUCCCCACGCCUGGCCAGGAGGUCCUCUUCCAGCUUGCCCCACCCAGAACAAUAUCCCAGCCUCACGCCUCUCAGUCUCUCCUUUUCCAUAUGAGGGGCCUGCGUUUGUGGACUUUAAAACAAGCACUGUGUAUCUGUGUGACCGUGUUUCAAGCAAGCCAGUGGGAGCUUUUAGCUUGGAAGGAAUGGUGGCGAAGAAGAAGUCGUCUGAAUGAGUGCUUUAGAAGGUAACCGAUCCCUCCCGUGUGGGGUGGCUUCUCCGCCCCAAGAUUUUCUCUUGUCGGGGAGAAGGUGCAUCGUGAGAAAAGCGUGCCGAGCGGGGGCUUUGUGGUCCAGGUGAAAGAGCAGGUGUGCUGAUCCGAAGCGACCGGAGUCCCACCACCGCGCUCUCUCUGGGCAUCACGCCUGGCGGGGUGAUUGUGCGAGCUCUCCAGGCUGCCGAAUCGGUGCCCAGAGUGCAGUGAAGUAGGCAGUGCUUCCCUGUCGCACCCCUGCGUGCCACAGAGCAACCCAGGUCAGGAGUCAUUGCGUUCCCACAAGCAGAGAGCCAGGCUGGGGGUGGUUUCCAUUCAGGCCCCCGUGUCGGCUCUGGUUUUGCGAGGAAAAUCGAAGGGCCGGACUCCUUGCACGUGGCUCAGCUUGGCAACUGCGAAAAUGAACGCAGAGGAUGGGGGCGUCAACCACUUCCCAAGCUGGGCUUCUGCGAGAGAAGGGCUGGCCGACCACCUUCCCAUGAAGGCCGCUGCUUUUGCGCCAUUGUCCGGCAGUGCGCUCCUGCCCGGGCCAGGGGGCAUUUGCACAGAUCCAGCUACACAAGCGGUGGUGUGCAUGGAUGCUCUGGGGCACUGCCAUGUUGCUUUCACCACAGAAGGAAAGUGAGCAGAGGGGUGUUGAUCUGGAGAAAGUGCAGCCGAGAGGACUGCUCUUCCAGACGGAAGAUGGAACUUGCCAGGUUUUUACCUGGGUUGCAGAUCAAGGCCCUCGGGGAAAGUGUGGAAGGGCACAGAAGGAAAGGCAAGUUCUGUUUUUUAAAUAAAUGCAUUCAAUUUUUUUAUUUUGCAAAUCCUACUGAACUGUUUUUAAGACGAAUAUCCCUCAUGUGAGUGGAAGAGAGCGAGCAGUGUAAAGAUGCAUGGAGACCGGAUUUGGAACGCUCUUCUCCAGAAACCUGAAGCGGUCAAGAUGAGGCGCAUGUCUGUACCCCUGGGCCAGGGUUCCAGGGUUUCUGUCUGCCAUCAUCCCAAUACUGCCUGUCUAGCUCCCACAGAACAUGGUGGGGACUUUGGAACCCUUUAGACGUUAGCGGGGUUCCACCAGUUUAGAAAGCAGCUGGUGGGACAUAAGAUUUUUUUACCCCAAAACAUUAUUUAGCUAGAGAAACCUGUGUGCUGGGCAGAAGGGUUCCUCCUCGCCCUUUCCCUGCUGCUGCUGCUGCUGCUGCUGCUGCUGCUGCUGCUGCUGCUGCUGCUGCUGCUGCUGCUGCUUCUUUUCCCACGUGUGGGAAUGAGAAGUGUGCGGUUGUGUUUGACCCCCGCUCAGAGUUACUGCUGUCCAUAAUACCCAGCCCUAAAAUUAGCAGCCUGGGCGGAUGCUGUGCUUUGGGAAUACCUCCUUGCUCCUCCUCUUGCCGGAACUGCUUUCUGUGCUUGUCUCGACCACCAGUCCCGGGGCUUGCUGUGUGGGAAGGAGAGGCAGCCAGCACUGUCAGGAAAUGCCCGACAGCUGCACCCAUGUGCCUGGGUCAAGGGGCAGUCUGCCUCCAAGCCGCUCCAGCAGUGCCCUUGGCCCAGCAGUCUCCACAGGUGUGUUCGCAUGGUGUUUAGCCAGGCCAGCUGGGCAACUGCCUGCAAAGACCAUCCUGCAGCUGGGAGUGGCUCCUUUUGUUAACCUCGUUGGUUAUGUUUAGAAAUGGGCUUCCCGUUCCAGUCUAGAAUCCACAUACACACUCACACUCACACUCUCACUCACUCCGGAAUGUGCCAGGCCCAGAGUACAUAUGGGGAAGCAUGCCUUGGACCCCAUGGAGGAAAAAAGUUCCUUGUGGGGAGGAAAAAACGGGGGCAAGGAGAUGGCCUAGCUUUCGCUGCUCCCGGCCACCCUCCUGGUCUCCUGCCCUUCCAGAGCUAACAGUAACCUCCUGAUUGAAGCCGACUUGGAAAUGGCUGGAAUCAGACUUUGGGGAAGGGGUGAGUUCUGGUCUCUGCAAGAGGUCUUUGGAGUGUCGCAGGGCUGGCCAGGGUGUGGCAGAUGGGGGGCUGCAGGGGCAGCGCGAAGCGUUCCGGAGGACUGGCCUCCCCCUCCCCAGGCACCCUGGGCUGAUGCUGAAUAGCAGCCUCGCUCCUGCCGCCCGACUCCCCUCCCACCCAGUCCCCAAAGGGAAGUUGCCACCGCUUUUCAUCUUUGCUGCUCAGGCAACUGCAGCAGUGGCUCAGAGGCGUUGAGUAAUUCAGUCCUCAGCUGCAAGAGCCGACACAGUCUCUUCCUCGCUCCCUCUCUCACACGAAGGCAGUCUCUCUCUUGAGAAGAGGUGGCAGACAUUAGCUGGAGCAUUUCCUUUCCUCCGGAACGAGUCCGCAUGCGACGAACGGUUGGGACCUGCUCAGCCGGCUCCUCUCCUUUCCUCUGGUGCCAAUGAUAGACUGCGGAGAAGCGGGUGGCUUUUGCAUAGGCACUCCAGGGCCUCGCUCCCCCUUCUGCCCAUCUGUGCAAAGCUCCCGCCGAAGCAUGCAGGCAGCUCAGCGCAAAAGUGCCAGGCCCAGCCUGAGGCGUGCGGCAGCUGUUCCGGGUGCCGCGGGUGGCCCUGACAGCCUCGCACAGAAACUUCCGCUCCAAACUUUGCUCUUUACGGAUGCAUCCAGUUCGUGAGCUUUCUCUUCUUUCUGCCUGUUGUGUUUUGUCCUUUCUAUACCUUAUACUAGCUUUUGGAUGGCCACCCAGGCCUUCUCUUUUGAUCCAUACACAGAGACAUGCCGUUUUUCAGAAGAGGCCUAAAAGCGAAGAUCUGGCUUCUGGCUGACCCGAGCGAUGCGUGAGGCUUAAGCUCACGUGCACAGGCUGUGAUUUGAGCGUUGUGGUUUGCAUAGUUUGGGUCUCUGAAGCCGCUGCGCAGGCAAGCCAGCCAUUGUUGGCUCUCGGACACUCCCCCCUAACUUGCUGCUUCGCUCAAGAGGCGAAGCUUCUCCUGGGCGGUACCACCUGGGGGUGGGCAUGUUUGAACAUCCUUCCCUGCAAGAAGCAGAGACAAGGUGGAAAGGUGAGAUGGCCAGGAGAAGGCGGGGGCAGAGCCGGACCCCCCACUUCCCAGCGGAUUCUUGCAUCAAGGAGCAGCAGGAGACCACCUUGCGCUCUGCGGCUCCCGCUUUGCUCCCCCCGUUCACGCAUGGAUGGCGAGUUUGGAAAGUGCUGGUGGUGCAUGCAAGGUUCUCUGCUUGUGGAUGCUCCCCUAGGAUUGGAACCCCCUCUGCAGGGGACCCCCAUUUCACAGCACCCCCUGGUUCUGCAGAACCCUGGUGCACAUGGAGCUGGAAGUGUUUGGUCAUGUCUCUCCGGAGAGUUCAUGCAGAGCAAGCCUGGGGAGGAGGCGCUGGGCUUCUCAGCCCCACCACUUCCGUUUUCCCAGUGAGUGCUUGGAGGAAAUGGCAUGAGGAGGCCGAGGCUGGCUUGCUGCGGAAGGCGGCAGCGGAACAGAUCGUGGACGCCAGAGGUGCCGUCCUGCGGCUGCCGCUUGAUUCUGUGGGUGGCUGCAGUGGAUGCUUGGUCAAGCGGUGGUGGAGACUUUCUGUGCAAGGCGAGACCAGCACGGGGGAAGGAGAAGCUCGAGGGCUGUGUGUUGCCGUGUCUGCUGUCAGGGCCAGCCACUGCUGUUGACCAAGCAGUGGGAAGGUGGGCCAGUUACUGAGAUUGAGGAUAAAUGCCCAAACUCGGAGGGUUCCCCCCUUUUGUUCGUUCUGGAUCUUGAGGUGAACACGCAAGCUGGCAAAGAGCGGUUGGAAACGCGGCGGGCUUUUAACCUGCAGCUGGUGCAGCAGCUCGCCUGGAGCAGAUCAGAGGAAAGGGGGCAGCUUGGCCCGGCUGUUGAGGCCCCAAAGGCGCAAGUCCCAGUCCAGGCCUAGAACUCUGCCCGGGGGUCCGGGUCACCAGGGCGAGCUUCCCCAGUGUCGUUGUCAGAGGAAGCCUGCUCGGCUGAGCCAGGCCAUGCUCCCCGGGCCGGGGGACCACUUCGGGGAGUGCCUGUGGGUGGCGGGGAGGGGCUGCCUCCCAGGGACCAGCCCAGCACUGGAGUCCCCCUGCUUGGGCGCAAGGAGUCAGGAGCGGGACCAGAAGCGCGGGGUGUCUCCACGUCCCUGGGGGAGGCCCUCCAGGGGUGGCAGCGGGCCAGGAGCCGUUGCGGAGAGAGCUGCUGAGCAGAAAGUGUGUGCUUAAAGGUGUCGGCGCCUUGGAGGCGGCGAUCCUGAGAACCGUUCUGAGAGGCCUGCGUGUGUCUGGGGUCCGGAAUCCAACUGGCGGCAGAUCCAGUGGCUCAGUGUCUGAGAGCUGGCUGCCCUUUGCCAAAGCAGUUUUUGACUGCACGCAGCCCGGGCCUCAUCCUGGAGCUGGCCGGGGGCUGGGGGGAACCCCGCUUUCUGUAAUGGUUUCCAUAUAGGGCAGAGCUACUCUGCAUCCCAGAAGUUGCUGCCUCUGGGCAUCAGCUUUCCUGAGCAUGAGCAGAACCACCUGGCCAUGCUUGGAUCCCUGAUCUCUGCUCCCCAGCGCACACCUCCUUUUGCUAACUGCUCUGUAGGGUUGAAGAGGUGCCAUCACCUGACACAGUGAUGUAUCUGAAGCUGCCAAUAUGACGCUUGUCAUGCCUCUAGUCCUCUUGGAGGAAAUACAUUGCCCUUCUGCAGUUCCUUUCCCUCCCUGCCUGCAUGGUCCCUGUGCCCCUCAUUCAGUGUGUUUAUUCUGUCCACGCUAUCCACUUAUUUUUAAAUGUAUUGUCUUUUGAGGGAGGGAUGCCUCUGUGUGUGUGCACGUGCGUGCGCGUGUGUGUGUGGCAAAUACACAUGGACUUUCCUCUGGUUUUCUUGUUUUUGACUGUCAGAAUGUGAAAUACUAUAUAAAGGUAUUAUACCCUAUUUAUAUACUGUACUGUUAUUGUUAAAUAAAAUAUCUCUACAUUAA